UCCAGCAGAACCAAGACGCUCAUUCAGUAUUUAUUUACCGAAUUCUUUAUAUCUAAAACUAGAAAAUAAAGCGGGAAAGGGACAAAUCAACACUUUUAUUAAGCAAGUAUUAGAAAAAGAGUUGAGUAGUGAGGAGGAACAAUUAAAACAGCAACUUAUUAGUGAUUAUCAGUCCGUAGCCGAGAGCAAAAAGGCUCAAAAAGAGGCCGAAAUCUGA